UAAUUUUUAUGAAUGAAUUCCGGGGAAUUUGGAGGUUGAGGUGUGAUAAAUGGAGUAAAUAGAAACAGGAAUGAACUUGUUACGGUUACUUCGAUAAUUGUGACAUAUUGUUUCCGGAAAUAAUGAGAAGUGACUAACAAGAAAGUCUCGAGAGAGUGAGAACGAAAAGGUGACUGGAUUGUCAUUAGAAAUGACGACAAUCGAUUCUCAAAUUUCGUUCUCGACUCUCUGCUCGGUUUUUGAGGAGAUCUCAGUGGCAAAAGCCACGAAAAAACAUCAGAUUCUUUCAGAAUUCCUCCAGAAAUGUCGAGGCGAAUGCCAACCCUCGACUACACCCUCUCUCUUUCCAAUUCUCCGUCUGUUCCUCUUAAAACUGGACAGAGAACGUGGGCCCAAUGGUCUCAAAGAGACAUCCCUCGCAGCCCUUUAUAUUCGAGUCUUUUCCCUCGGGAGGGCAUCCCCCGAUGGUAAAAAGCUUCUGAAUUAUAAAGAACCGUUGCGAGCGAAAAACCACACGAGCGAUUUUGCAGAGCGAGUGUUCGUCGUUCUGGGACCUCGUCUGAGAAAAUCAUCGACACUCCUGGUUAAGGAUAUCAAUCACUUCCUGGACACAAUAUCCAAUCAAUUUUCGUCGAAUCAGAAGCAAGACGGUGAGUUCAUUAAAAUGAUCUCUGAAUGUUCACCACAAGAGAUUAAAUGGUUGACGAGAAUCGUCCUGAAGGAGCUGAAGCUGUCGAUGGGAUCGAAGAAGAUUCUCCAAGUGUUUCAUCCUGACGCGGAGCAGCUGUUCGCGCAGAACUCGAAUAUCAAGAUCGUCUGCGAGACACUGGCGAAUCCCAAGGUGCGGAUCAAUACGAAAAUCUCCAGGAUAAAUGUUUUCUCGCCAUUCAAGCCGAUGUUGCUGGAACGAUUGCCGAUUACUCAGAUCAGAAAAUUCUUCAUUGACGGGAGGAGAACUGAGUUCAUUAUCCAGACGAAGUUCGACGGCGAGAGGUCCCAGGUGCAUAUGAGGGACAGGAAGUUCAAGUACUUCACAAGGCACGGGCUGGAGAUCACCAGGAAUCCCUCCUACGGAGAAUCAAGAGGUACUGGGGGAUUUCUGACGAAUAAAAUCUCUUCAUUACUGAAUCCAAAUUGCAGAUCUAUCAUCCUAGACGGUGAAAUGAUGGGAUUUCACAAAGAAAAGAGAGAAUUCAGCAGUAAAGGAGUUCCCUUCGACGUCAAGAAAUUGACAUCCAAGAGUAAACAUCAGCCUUGUCUCGUCGCCUACGAUAUUCUCCUCUAUAACGACGAAUUGCUGAUCAACAAACCACUGGAGUAUCGAUUAAAAAUAUUGAAUAGCGCGUUUGAAGAGUCCCCAGGAGUUUUGCUGAGAGCUAAAAACGAGCGAGUUACAUCAAUGGAUGACAUAAUCACAGCAUUCAACAAGUCUAUAGAUAACCACGAAGAAGGCAUCGUCCUGAAGAAGAUCGACAGUCUGUACCAGAUAGACACGCGCAACGGCAGUGGCUGCUACAAAAUAAAAUCCGAUUACUCCUCGGAAUUGAUCCACGACGUGGACCUCGUGAUAAUCGGUGGUUACUACGGCGAGGGUCGAUACUCUGGCCUCUUCAACAGUUUCCUCACAGCCUGCGUUCAACCGACUCCAUCCAAAAAAUUUUACUCAGUCGUCUCCGUCAGCAAUGGCCUCACGACCCACGCAAUUCAAUCCUUCAAUGCAAAAUUCAAGCCAUUCUGGACGAACACCAAACCAGAGGUGAUUGUCGGGCCGAGGAAGAGUCCCCCAGACGUCUGGAUUCAUCCCCAGCACUCAGUUGUCCUUGAAAUACGAGCAUCAGAGAUGUCCGAGUCGAGUAAUUAUCCCGGUGGCUGGACCCUGCGGUUCCCCAGAGUCGAGAAAAUCAGGGAUGAUAAGCCCUUCGACGACUGCUGCACCCUGGCCGAACUAAGAGGAUUGAAAAAUCGGCGGGGAUUCAUCCAGAAGCUGACGAAGAGGCACGCAACCACCGAAGACAUUUACGAGGCACCACUUAAAUUUAAAAAAUCGAGGCACACGAUAUCUGAGAUUAAAGUUGAUGAUUGCUACCUGGGGAUCAGUGCCUCGGACGUUGUCAGGGCUAGUAGAGUCUUCAUGGGGAAGGAGUUUUGCGUGAUUAAUGGGGAAACAAUGAAGGAAAGGGCCGGUGAGGGAAAUACGGGAAAAGGAAUGACCAAGAGGGAGAUUGAGAGGCUCGUGAUGGAGCACUCGGGAAAAAUCGUUCAGAAUCCCACGAAGGAGACGUUCUGCGUCAUCGCUGGGGAUUCCCAAGGGAUCAAAGUGAGGAAUAUCGUUGAUAGCAGGAAGUACGAUGUUGUGAGGGUCUCCUGGGUGAUGAGGGCCGUUGAGGAUGAGAAUUUAGGAGGAGUCGUUGAGUUUUUCCCAUGGGAGCUCAUUGGAAUGAAGAUGGAGACGUUUGUCAGGCUCAGGGAGAGGUUCGAUGAGUAUUAUGAUGAUUACUUUGAAGAUGCUGAUGAGGAGACUUUUAAGAGGUCCACUGAUAGGGUAUCACUGCUGAAGGAUAAUCAGAUGGUUUUGACCAAGAGGAAGGUUCAAGAGUUGGAGAGGGAAAUAUUCCAGGGGAAUUCCAGUUUUAAUAUAUUCCGGGGACUCGUGGGGGUCUUCAUAGAUGGAAAAGACGUGAGGGCUUUUGAAUUUAGGUUUAUGGGGGGUGAGGUCAAGGUGGAAGUCGAUCAGGAUGUCACUGACGUUUUUGUUGGCGAGGGGAAUGUCUCCAUGAUUGAAGUUUAUGAGAGAGUUAAUCAGAGGGCGAGGGCUGAUGUGAGGAUUAUAAAAAGUCAGUGGAUUCAGGAGUGCCUCAAGGAGGGCAAGGCCGUCGAGAGGAAGAGGUUUAUUGUCACAUGAAAUUAUUUCAUCUGUGAGGAAUUUUUAGGCGUUUUGGGAACAGUGCAAAAUAAUCUGGAAUGCAGUGGUUUUUUAGUUGUGAGAGAUAUAUUUUUUCAAAUUUUUUUGUUAUCAGUUUUCUAGACUUCGUGAAAUUCCACGAAUUCGAUUUUAAUCAUUGACGGGACUGUACAGAAUUUUUUUCAGAUAUAUUUUUUGAGGAAUUAAUUGAACUUCUGAAGUUGAUUUCAGAUCAGUUAUUAAUUAACACCAAAAAUCUAUUUUUUCGUGAGGAAUAACUUUAAGAUUUUUACAGUAAAUGUGUGAAAGAGUGUAAAAGAUUGUUUAUAAUUAGAAUAUAAACGCCAAUUGCUGAGUGAUAGUUUUAGCGAAACUACAAUUGUAACGGAAAAUGUUUCCGAAGAAUUGAAUAAAUUUAUGCAACGAGCCAAGUUUAUUUUGAAUCGAUUAUUUGAAACAUUGGAUUUUUGAGAUGGAAGUGAGACUCAUCAAAGUGAGAAUGUCGAGUUAAACUGACAAGUCCCGACAGUUUUCUCAUUUACAACCGUCUGCAUGCGGAAUUUCGAGAUUAUUCUUCCGCGUCAAGGCCUGGAACUGCGUUAAAACCCAGGGUUUUGCAGCUGGAUGUAUUCCUGGGGAGCUACAAUGCCUCGCAUUCAGAGAUUCCUCGGUAGAUUGACAUGAAAAGUGAGGGGUCGUAAAAACUUUGGUAAUAACUAUUAUUCCACAUUUCUUCUCAACAGAUGAGAUGAAAGGAAAACUUCUGCAAACUUCUUGAAAUAAAUAAAUAUUAUCUGUCAAGCGGUGAAAUUCCUCUAUGGAAAUUCAUUCUGGCGAACACUUUUAUCCCUUCACUUUUUUGUACCAUAAAUUUUCCUAGAAAAACUUGUAUUUAUCAUUUUUCAUUCACAAAAUUUCAGGUAAAUAUUCUGUAAUUGGAGAGAGACAAUUCAUAGUUUUAAUAGCAAUUACAAUAAUUUAAAUAAAAACAAUAUUAGAUAGCACUUCCUUACAUUAUUGCGCCAGUAAUCAAUUUAUUUCAAUUUAUAUUUCAAUGUCUCUCAAUGCGAUUGUAGUUGACUUCUCCUUUUCAUUAAAAAAA